UGUAAAGAGUGAACGAUGUGACCCCGUUCACUUUCCCCAUCGUUAUCUCUUCUUUCGAACCCCGUUCGUUUACACACUCACUCACUCCCUCUCCGAGCUCCCAUCUCUCGCUCUGCACACCGCCGCUCCGGCGCGGGCCGGUGGUGCUGCUUCCACGCUCGGCGCUGUCUGCCCUGCCCUCUACGCCCCGCUUGCGACGGCCGCCGCCACCAGGGGAAGAUCCAUGGAAGAUCUUGCCAUGCAGGACAAAACAUAGGGCAAAUCGGAAAGCUUUACAGUCAUGGAUUGCUACUUCAUAAAAAAGACAUCGGAGGAAGAAGCUGUUGGAGCGGAGGUCAUUUCAACACGGGAGGAACCCUGUCAAGGCGCCUGCAAAUUUGAGAUCCCAUUUGCAGCACCGGCAAAGUGCAAACACUACACCCAGUUGACCAGCAACCAAAACAGCAUAACGCCCUUUAGGUCCGGCAAGGCAAGUAGAAUGGAGGUCGUGACCGGGGCGAUGAGCACCCUCCUCCCCAUGCUCGGCAUCCUGCUCAAGGAGGAGUACAACCUACAGAAGAAGACCAGGGGGGAGAUCAAGUUCCUCAAAGCAGAGCUUGAGAGCAUGGAGGCUGCCCUCAUCAAGAUCUCGGAGGCGCCGCUGGACCAGCCACCUGACAUCCAGGUCAAGCUCUGGGCAAGGGAUGUCAGGGACCUGUCCUAUGAGAUUGACGACAGCGUCGACAGAUUCCGGGUGCGCCUUGAGUGUCGGCAACAAAAGAUGCCACACAGCUUUAUGGAUUUCAUCCAUAGAAGCAUGGACAUGAUGACAAAGGGCAAGAUCCGACACAAAAUAGGCAUGGACAUCAAAGACAUCAAGAACCGCAUCAAGGAGGUCAGUGAGAGGCGUGAAAGGUACAAGAUUGACAGCGUUGUUGUACCCAAGCCCACCGGCACAAGUACUGAUACCCUUCGUCAGUUAGCCUUGUUCAAAAAGGCAACGGAGCUUAUUGGCACCGAAGAGAAGAGCCUUGAAAUAGUCAAGAUGCUGGCGGAGGGAGACGAGGUGUCCCAGAAACAGCCGAAGAUGAUCUCUAUUGUUGGCUUUGGAGGCUUAGGGAAGACAACUCUUGCUAACGUGGUGUAUGAGAAGCUUCGUGGAGAAUUUGAUUGUGGGGCUUUCGUUUCCGUGUCUCUUAAUCCUAACAUGAAGAAGCUUUUCAAGAGUUUGCUGCAUCAACUUGACAAGGGAAAGCACAGUAACAUCAUGGACGAGUCAGCAUGGAGCGAAACACAACUCAUUAAUGAGAUAAGAGAAUUCCUCCGAAACAAGAGGUACUUCAUUGUCAUUGAUGACAUAUGGGAUAAAUCUGUGUGGACAAGUAUUAGAUGUGCUCUGAUUGAGAAUGAAUGUGAUAGCAGAGUAAUCACAACAACUCGCAUUAUGGAUGUUGCUAAAGAAGUUGGUGGUGUUUAUCAGCUUAAACCUCUUUCUAGCAGUGACUCAAGACAAUUAUUCUAUCAAAGAAUAUUUGGAAUUGGCGACAAGCGUCCUCCUAUUCAGUUGGCUAAAGUAAGUGAGAAAAUUUUAGGGAAAUGUGGCGGAGUACCAUUAGCUAUCAUUACACUGGCUAGUAUGUUGGCUAGUAAAAAGGAACAUGAAAAUACAUAUACGUAUUGGUACAAGGUGUACCAAUCUAUGGGUUCUGGGCUAGAAAAUAAUCCUGGCCUGAUGGACAUGAGGAGGAUACUAUUUGUCAGUUACUAUGACCUACCUCCAAAUCUGAAGACUUGUUUACUGUAUCUCAGUUUGUAUCCAGAGGAUUAUGAUAUUAAAACCAAACAGUUGAUAUGGAAAUGGAUAGGUGAAGGAUUCAUUCAUGAAGAGCAGGGGAAGAGCUUGUAUGAAGUAGGAGAGGAUUACAUUGCUGAGCUCAUUAACAAAAGCUUGGUCCAACCAAUGGAUAUCAAUAUUGCUAAUAAGGCGAGCUCUGUCCGUGUACAUGACAUGGUGCUUGACCUUAUCACUUCCUUGUCAAAUGAGGAGAACUUUCUCGUUACAUUGGGUGGUCAGCAUACCAGGUCACUGCCAGGUAAGAUCCGUCGACUGUCUCUCCAAACCAGUAAUGAAGAGGAUGUCCAGCCAAUGCCAACCAUGAGCAGCUUGUCCCAUGUGAGAUCACUUACUGUGUUCAGUAAAGACCUCAGUUUAUUGUCAGCACUUUCAGGUUUUCUUGUCCUACGUGCAUUGGAUUUAAGUGGUUGUACUGACGUGGGUAAUCAUCAUUUGAAGGAUAUUUGCAAUUUAUUUCACCUGAGGUAUCUGAGUCUACAAGGGACAUCUAUCACUGAGGUCCCGAAAGAGAUGAGCAAUCUACAGCUUCUGCAAGUGCUAGACAUAAGGUCCCCCAUGAAAAAAUUGCCAUCAACCUUUGUUCAGCUAAGACAGCUGGUGUUCGUUGACAUGGGUAUUAAUAUGGUCUCUACAUUGCUUCUAAAAGCAAUGUCCACCUUGCCCUCCCUCUCUUCCCUUGCAAUCACAUUAAGAGAACUGAGAGAGGAAGACCUCCAAAUACUUGGUAGCAUGCCAUCUCUGCGUGAUCUCUCUCUAUUUGUAGUGUAUCAGGGAAAAGUCACAUAUAAAAGGCUAGUCAUUGGCAAUGGUUGUCCCUUCCAGUCUCUGACAAGGUUCAGUAUAAAGAGUAUAGAAGCCACUGUCUUCAUGUUUGCACAGGGAACCUUGCAAAAGCUCCAAAUCCUGGAGUUAGAUUUGUAUGUUGAGAAAACAAAACACCAAUUUGGUGAUUUUCAGUUUGGGCUAGAGAACCUGUCUUCGGUUGAGCAUGUCUAUGUGGUUGCUCGUAGUGGUGGUAGUGAGGAUGAACUGACCAAUGCACUUGAGAAAGAGCUUGAUAUUAAUCCCAACAAGCCCAUACUGACGGUGAAGCAGGUGGGCGAGUGUUUGGCCUCUGACUUGUUGCUAAGUUUAAACUGGGCACUUGGUCCCGAAGUGCUGUCCAUAGAAGAGGAAUAACCUGAGUUGAUGGAAUAUAUGAUCAAAAUCUUACAAUGUUUCAACAAUGGACCGAUCUUUGAUUCUACUAGCAAAGAACUGAUCGAGGAGGAUGCCUGUGGCCCAUGCAGACACAACCAAGAGCUUACCAGAUGGAAUUUCCGCAUUAGUUCAAAACUGUAGCUAGUACAUGGAUGGUAUUUUGUAACAAAUCAUACGGUGUAGCGACUGAUCCAACCAUUGCAUGCACUUGGAUUACUGUUUCUCUGUCAAGAAAGUACCAUUAAAUCUGAAUAAUUACGGCUAUUUAUUGAGUGUGCUUGUGAUGUACCGGGACUGAAGUAAA